UCUUGCCAACGGCCUGGGGGCACCCUAGAACCGAGAUUUGCGUCUUCGUCCCACCACAGUGGAUUGCCUUCGCCAUCCUAUAUAAUCCCUACAAGAAAACGAUUCAUCGUUUGUUGUCACUGGUAAUGUUGGCAGGCUCGUGAGACGUCGCAUUCCAAAAGCACCAUGGACACGACAAGUCCUGAAAAGGCGCCGCCAUCUCCACCAAACGAGGAGCAGGCAAACACACAACAGGAAGAGAAAAAGACGGGGAGCCAUGCGGGCGGGUUCAAGAGCUUCACGCGCAUCUUCACCUAUGCCCGUCCCGUCGACUAUGCCAUCCUGUCGGUGGCUCUCGUCGCCGCCCUGGCCGCGGGCGCGGCGGUGGCGCUGCUGAACCUGGUGCUGGGCCAGUUCGUCACCAUCCUCAACAGCUACGUGGUCGGCGCCUCGACGCCCGAGCGGUUCCGCGCCGACGCGGCCGCCAUGUGCCUGCGCUUCGUCUACCUGGGCGUCGGCCGCCUCGCCUGCACGUACCUGUACGCGGCGCUGUCGACCUACAGCGGCCACCACGUAGUGCGCAACCUGCGCGCCGCCUACCUGCGCGCCGCGCUGUCGCAGGAGGUGGCCUUCUUCGACCGCGGCGCCGCGGGUUCGGUGUCCAUGCAGGCCACCUCCAACGGCAAGCUGAUCCAGUCGGGCAUCGGCGAGAAGCUGGGCACGUUCGCUGCCGCCAUGGGCACGUUCGUGGCCGCGUUUGCGAUCGCGUUUGCGUCGCAGUGGAAGCUGACGUUCAUCGUGCUGUGCAUCGCGCCGUCGAUGCUGCUUGUCAUCGGCUUCGUCGCCGCCGUCGACAGCGGGGUCGAGACCGAGAUAUUGGGCGUCCAGGCCCGCGCCGCCGCGUUUGCCGAGACCAUACUCGGCAGCGCCCGCAACGUGCACGCCUUUGGCCUGCGCGCCCGGCUAAUGCGCCGCUUCGACGUCUACCUCGACGAGGUCGUGGGGCUCGGUAGGAAGAAGAAUUGGCUGUACGGCGUCAUGUUUAGCGGCGAGUACACCAUCAUCUACCUCGGCAUCGGCCUUAGUUUCUGGCAGGGGCUGAAGAUGAUCACCGAGGGUGAGGUCAGCGAUGUCGGUGUUGUUUUUACCGUCCUCCUCUGUGUCAUCAAUGCCGCUCUCUCCUUCACCACCGUUGCGCCCUCCAGCGUCGCCUUCAGCAGGGCGUCCUCAGCGGCCGCGGAGCUCUUCACGCUUAUCGACCGAGUCUCUGAGAUCAACCCGUUUGACGACUCGGGCGAGAAGCCGACCGACACCGUGGGGGCCCUGCAAAUCGAGGGCAUCUCGUUCGCGUACCCGACCCGACCUGGCGUCCACGUUCUCAAGGACUUUACGCUCGACAUCCCAGCCGGAAAAGUGACCGCCCUGGUUGGACCCAGCGGCUCCGGCAAGAGCACGAUAAUCGGCCUGAUCGAGCGGUGGUACAAUCCCGAGUCCGGCACCAUCAAGCUCGACGGCCGCCCCAUCGACACGCUCAACCUCAACUGGCUGCGCACCAACGCCCGCCUCGUGCAGCAGGAGCCCGUGCUUUUCAACGGCACCGUUUUCGACAACAUCGCCAGCGGCCUCGUCGGCACCCCGCUCGAACGCGCGUCCCCCGCCGAGCAGCGCGCCGCGGUCGAGUCGGCGGCGCGCACGGCCUUUGCGCACGACUUCGUCUCGCAGCUGCCCGACGGCUACGACACGCGCAUCGGCGAGCGCGGCGGCCUGCUGUCGGGCGGGCAGAAGCAGCGCGUGGCUAUCGCGCGCAGCAUCGUGUCGGACCCUAAGAUCCUGCUGCUGGACGAGGCCACGAGCGCGCUGGACCCGCACGCCGAGGCCAUCGUGCAGCGGGCCCUCGACGCCGCGAGCCGGGAGCGUACCACCGUCGUCAUCGCCCACCGCCUGGCCACCAUCCGGGCCGCCGACAACAUUGUGGUGAUGGCGGGCGGGCGCAUCGUCGAGCAGGGCACGCACGAGGAGCUGGUGGCGCGCGGCGAGGACGAGGGAACGUACGCGCGCAUGGUGCGAGCGCAGACGCUCGUCAAGGACGCCGCUGACGAGGGCCGGGACGGAGACGACGCGACGACGAGCACCAGCGACGGCAAGGCCGAGGCCGGGCCGGCCGAGGAGGGCGGUGCUGCUGCUGCUGCUGCUGCGGCGGCGGACGGGGAGGAGCCGGCGCCGACGCAGUCCAUCGUCCGCUACGCCACGGCGGAGCGCCAGCACAUGGAGUCGCUCAAGGGCCGCGAGGACUUUGGGCUGUACAAGAAGGCGGGCGUGGUGAGGACCAUCUGGAGGCUGAUGAUGGCCACCAAGCAGCUCAAGUGGUGGUAUGUGUUUCUCGCCGUGGACUGCCUCCUUGCUACCAGCGUCAUCCCGGCCCAGAUCGCCCUGCUGGCGCAGACGCUGGACGUGUUUAACACGACCGACCCCGCCGCGGCGCAAAAGAACGGCAACUUCCUGGCCUCCAUGUUCAUCGUACUGUCGGCGGGCGCCUUCAUCGCCUACUUCAUCAUGGGGUGGACGACCAACACCAUCGCGCAGGAGAUCAACCGGCAGAUGCGCCGUGACAUGCUCGACCUGUUUCUGCGCCAGGACCUGCGCUUCUUCGACCGCGAGGAGAACACGGUCGGCGCCCUCACGUCGCGCCUCGACUCGGAGCCGCAGGCCGCGCUGGAGCUGAUGGGCUUCAACAUCGCCAUCGUUAUCAUUGCCUUUUUGACCGUCAUCGCCUCCAGCAUUUUCGGAAUCGCGUUUUCGUGGAAGCUCGGGCUCGUCGCCUUCUUCGCGGGCAUCCCGCCGCUCAUGGCGGCCGGCUACGUGCGCAUCCGGCUCGAGUCGCGCAUGGACGUCAAGGCCGACAAGCGCUACUCCAAGAGCGCCUCCAUCGCGUCCGAGGCCAUCCUGGCCAUCCGGACCGUGUCGUCGCUGGCUAUCGAGCGCGUCGUGCUCGAUAAGUACACGCGCGAGCUGGAUGAUGCUAUUGUGGGCCUGACGCCGUCGCUGUUUGGCAUGUUCACCUUUUACGCCUUCACGCAGGCCGUCGAGUACUUCAUCCUGGCGCUCGGGUUCUGGUACGGGUCGCGGCUCAUGUCGUUCGGCGAGGUGACCUUUUACGAGUUCUUCGUCUCCUUUUACGGCGUCUUCUUCGCCGGCCAGCAGGCGGGCAUCAUGUUCACCUACUCGAGCAGCUUCACCAAGGGCCUGCACGCCGUCAACUACUACUUUUGGCUGCGCGGGCUCGAGCCCACCAUCCGCGAGACCGACGACAACAGGGACAAGGGGCCGCGCGACCAGGUCUCGAGCAUGGACCUGCAGGGCGUCCGGUUCUCGUACCCGCUGCGGCCCGACGCGCAGGUGCUGCGCGGCGUGUCGCUCGAGGUGCUCCCCGGCAAGUUCGUGGCGCUGGUCGGGGCGUCCGGGUGCGGCAAGUCGACCGUCAUGGCGCUGCUGGAGCGCUUCUACGACCCGAUGCGCGGCAGCAUCCGCAUCGACGGCGCCGACGACCUGCGGCGGCUAAACCCGCGCCUGUACCGGCGGCACGUAUCGCUGGUGCAGCAGGAGCCGACGCUGUACCCGGGCUCGAUCCGGGAGAACGUGGCGUUUGGCGUCGACGUGGCCGACGAGGAGGUGGAGGGCGCGGGCGCGGCAUCGGAGAAGCAGCACGCGUCGGACGAGGCCAUCGAGGCGGCGCUCCGGGCGGCCAACGCGUGGGACUUUGUCUGCUCGCUGCCCGAGGGGCUGGGCACGGCGUGCGGCACCAGCGGGAGCCAGCUGUCGGGCGGCCAGCGGCAGCGCAUCGCCAUCGCGCGGGCGCUGAUCCGGCAGCCGCGCGUGCUGCUGCUCGACGAGGCGACCAGCGCGCUCGACACCGAGUCGGAGCGCGUGGUGCAGGGCGCGCUGGCGGCGGCGGCGCGGACGGGCGGGCGCAUCACGGUCGCCGUGGCGCACCGGCUGUCGACGGUGCGCGACGCCGACCUGAUAUGUGUCUUUUACGCCGGGCGCAUCGAGGAGGCCGGCACGCACGAUGAACUGUUGGCCAAGGGGGGCAUGUAUGCCAAAAUGUGCGAGGGGCAGAGCCUGGACCGCAAGGUUUGAAGAGCAUGGUUGGUUGGGCUGUUAAAUAUGAGUACAUGUAGGAAAUUUUGUAAUGUGUAGAGCUUCCUCCUUGAUAGACUUGCUGCAAGGCUCUUGGGGGAAUAUCUUGGUGGGGCAACCCACGCGGAUGGUCUUUUCAAUCUCCCCAUGAAAUUCAUGCCAGUGAACCCCAGAAAAUCCAAACCCGACGAACGCCCCCCAAAUUCAAAUC